AUGGAAGGAAACGAAGUUCCGGUUGAGGCUGGAUCACGAUACCUCUCGCCAAGCCGAGCUUUCGACCUGUGGUUGGCCGUGCUGACCAAUCAUCAGAAUGGGCGCGACACGCACAUUCGCCAAAUCAAGGUGCUGGGUCCCCGCAGUGCGACGCGCUCCAGUGCGGAUGCGCCUAGGGAGGCGUGCCCUCUCAAACUUCAGACCCGUGAGCUGCAGCAGUUCGCGAGCAUUCGGUGCAAUUUAUCCACUGUGGGCGGAAUGUCCGAUGCUGACAAGGAUGGAUAUCCUGUGAUGUCCUUCGUGGUCCUCAUGAUCGCGUCGGCUUCGGAGAGCUCUGCCUGGCUUGUGGACGGUUCCUGUGCCAGUCAGAUUCUCUCCAAUCGAAUGUUCCACAAAGGCCAAUCUGAUGGAACUGAAGCCGGAAGCCCAGUGAUGUACAUGGCGAUGAGCCACUUCCCUGCACAAGAGAAGGAGAUGGGAUCGACGACCUUCCUGCUCUGGAUGUUUCUGAUCAACACUCUCACAAGUCUGCUUUAUCUGCCAGUUAUGUUUUGCCUUGGCAUGUACUACCACAUGCAGCCGUACUAUUACCACCAGAGUUUGCGUGGGCUUUGGCCGAUGAUCAUGGUCUGCUUGACAUUGUCGGCUCUUAGCAACCCAGACAGCUCGACGAACUUCUGGGGCCUGGUCAAGAUUCCGAACAGGUGGUACCCCCUUGCAUUAACGGGCCUUUUCACGCUCAUCAACGGCAGGAUCAUGUGGAACUUUCUGGUGGCGUUGGCCAUCGGCUACGGCUACCCAAAGCUGCGCCUCGAGCGGCUGCUUCCCUCGAAAACCCGGGUGGAUCGCCUCGAGCAGAAGUGCUGCAGAGGAGGUCGCUGCCAGCUGCUCGGAACUUCUUGGAUCCCAGCUGCAUCAACAUCUUCGUACGAUCUUGAUGUGCAGAUUGAUCGGCGCUACAGAAACUUCUCUGACUUCGGAAACACUGACGCCACCAACUCCACGUGUUGCUGGCCAGGACAGCAACGAGCGGUGCUGCAGGAGGCCAGUUCGUGGCCUUCGGAGGCAGUGGCAACCGUCUUGGCGAGGCUCCGGCCACAGAGAUGGAGGCGCGUCCAGCAACUGAGCCUUCCGGGCAGCCGUGACACGUCGGUUCGCCACGGCAUAGCCUCAGUUUGGCAAGCGGGUCUGAAACGGGUUUCCCGUAAAAUCGCCAGCAAAGAUCCAAUUGAAGACCCCGCCAAGGGCCUGAAAUGGGUGACGAAGUCCCCGAACUUUUCCCGUGAGAGGACUGCACCCCUUUCCGAGGGCUGUCCGUGGCUUCGAUUCAAAACAUGUUGGAGCAUCUGA